UAAACCCUAACCGAAGAAGACGAGCCCGUUCCCUCUGUAUAAUUGCGGAGUAACGACGAAAUGUCUCAUCGACGCUUUCUCAACAAUUUUCGCAGACCUGCAACCUUGUUUUCCUCAUCCGAGCUUUAUCACGAUUGUUUUCCCUCUGCAUCGCAGACGCGUUCCAUCUUCUCCACUUCAGCUCUCCAUGGGUCUUGGAUGGACAAGAUCAAAGGUGUCUUCACGGGCGAAAAGACUACUACUCUCCAAACUCAAGUCACCUCCCAAUCUUUCACGCUCCUUAAGUUCGCCGAUGAACUGAAGACUGCGAGGAAAGCAGGGCAAUUCAAGCAAUUCGUGGUGGGUCGUGGCAGUGAGGCGACAUUUGCUGACGCAUUUGAGAAGCAGGAAACAAUAAUUAGAUAUCUUGGAACUUUUGAUCCUACUGGAGAGAAUCUCCAAAGCAGUCAAAAGAAAGAUGCUGCAAAACAUUGUAAUUGUACAAUUGCUGAUGUUGAGAAUGCCUUGUCAAAGUUUACAUGGGCUAAAGAAGCACAGAAAAAGAUAGAAAAGUUAAAGGAGGAAGGUAAACCAAUGCCAAAGUCUUUGGCUGAGGUGCAAAAGCUGAUGGGAUCAACACCAUUAGAUCUUGCCAGAUCUAAUUUGGCAAAGAGUGGGCAAAUAAGUAGGAAUGCACUCUGUCCUUGUGGUUCCAAGAAGAGAUAUAAACGGUGCUGCGGAAAGGACUAAAAAGGAAGGGACCAGGUAAAUGUGUUGUUGGUGCUUUAACAUAGGAAAAGGAUGAUAACCAAUGGAUUGCAGUGUGACUAUCAUCUCCCGCUGUGCUCGGUGUGAGAUUCAUGUGUGGUCUUCUAUCCUGAACACGAGAAAUGUCUACAACCCCCAUCCCUUCCUUGAGCCCCCCAGAAAAACAAAUCUCCUGAUCUCAUCAGCUUGUAAUGCAGCUAGAAAUAAGAAAAGUUCAAGCAUGUUGUUUGUUGUUUCAUGCCGACUCUAAAUUCCCUGUGGGGAAGUGAUUUUAUUAAUCCAAUACUUAUGAGUCCAUAGAUGA